UUUGCUCUGUCAGCCGCGGUUAUCAUCUGCAGAUAUGGUUUUGGAUAUAAUGAACGGAACCGUAAAUGUCCACUUUCCUUGUUGAUGACUAUCUCGAUCGAAGAUGCAAUCAACCAAGCCAAUUUCUGUUGAAAUAAAGCAGUAUGAUGUUCGCCCUGAGAAUUUAGCAUGGCCCGCUCCAGAACAGAGAGAUUUGUACCGUAAAAAUGCGAUGGUCAGACAAAGCCUAAUGACGUCACGACACCAACCGUACAUGGUACCGAGGUCUCACUUCACUUCCAGAGAUCUCGAUCGCUGUCUCUACGGCAAACAGGACCUGCAGGUUGUGCAUAUAGAAAGCAAAAACAGUGAUGGUAAUGCCGAGGACAAAUCAAAGCCAGCGAAAUGGUGUGAUAUGUGCCAGGAAAUACGGUUUGGUGAUUGUCCUGCUCACGGUCCACUUCACGUGGUUAGGCCAUCGAUAACUCUACCAGGAAGUCAAAAGUCAUACGCGAUUUCAACGUUUCCUGAUGAAGUUGGUCUGUGUGUAUCUAGUCUACCAUUGGCUGGAUUUGGAGUGUUUGCAAGGCACUUCAUUCCACUUGGAACAUGGAUUGGGCCUUAUGAAGGAAGAAAAGUUUCGGUCGAGGAAGGCCUUAGCAGACCGCAACAGCAAAACUUUAUGUGGGAGAUCUACGAAAACGGUCGUUUGUGCUCGUUUCUGGACGCAAGUGAUGAGAAUGUCUCCAGCUGGAUGCGUUUUAUACAAUGUGCCAGACAUAAAGGCGAGCAAAAUUUAUAUGUUUUCCAGUAUUACGGUAGCAUAUACUACCGUGCGUUCAAAGAUAUUCCAGUUGGGUCAGAGCUGAUGGUCUGGUACGAUGAAAAAUAUCCCCAUUUUUUUGGGCUACCUUUGGAGAUCCGAGACAUGUCUAGCUGCUCUGUUGAAAGCAUUCAAGCACCAGUUGAAGUUGCAAUAAAACUGGCAGAAGUAGACCCAGCCAAAGCUACAACCACCACUACCCCGGUUAUCAGACAGCCCUCAACCGGACCACCAAAACCAUACACUGAACAGUAUAGGGGAAUUCCGCAAGUAUCUCCACAACCCCUGUCUAUUCAUAGUCAGGGCCAACCAUCAUCAACUAAGAGUGGCCCGCCUGUCCAUCCUCCCUUACUCAGUCAAGCACCAGGUUUACAUGUGUAUGACUCACGACUGACCCCAGCUGCUGUGGCAUCGACAUACGUGGAAAAUCGAAUACCGCACCCGCACGAAAGCCGAUACCAAGCCCAAAUACCGAUGACAAUACCUCACGGAUCUAGCGCAUACAUGCACCCUUCGAGUGCAACACAGACCGUACGACCUUCUGCCAGUUCAAGCCAAAGCCUUGUUUCCAAACCCAGUGUACUUCCGCCGACCUCCACUAUAUCACGAGAUUUUCACGAAGAUAAACCCCAACAAGCGGCCUGGGAUGCUUGGAAAUGCACAAGCUGUGGCAAAGUUUUUGUUGAUAAACUACAAUCUCAGGGUCACUCGUGUGGGCCUGAAGUUCAAAGACAAUACAACUACGAUAGGGUUCAACAACAAGGCGCUGAUGUACACCCAGAAAACCCAGAGAGACCGUAUAAAUGCGGUGUUUGUUCAAAAUCUUUUAGUUCAUCUGUAAACCUAAGUAAUCACAUGAAAGUUCACGGUGGAGAGAAACUUUUUGAAUGUCAGAACUGUGGUAAGACCUUUGUGCAUGCUGCAAUGCUAACUCGCCACAAGAAGACGCCCGGAGAAUGUUCCAAAUAGGUACAAGCAGUCUCACUGCAGUGUAAGAUGAUACAGUUCUCGAGGCUCAUUUUCACUCUUGAGCUUGCUGAAACUUCGGAAUUUCUUAUAACGUUCUGCAUGCCAUGCAGUAUGAAGAAUAUAUGAUGGUAUCAGGUUUACAAGAGCGACAAUAUAAGUGUUCAUGUCUCAACAAAGUGAUUUUUACGUUCAAGGGGAGUGUAAUUUUGAUUCCAUAUCGUGCUUCGUUGUCUGUGAUCGCUUUUGAAUUAUCGCUGUUACAUCACCAGGGCUGUAUCGUCACCUGGAUUUUCUAACACAGGCGUACCUUUGCCCUUAAAGUCACUCAAAACAUAAACACGGAUUCAUAUGGUUAGACAACUUCAAGAAGCUAGCUCUUUAAAAGAGUGCCUAUUCGGUCGUCAGCAAAAACCAACGAAAACGAAGAACAGCGUUCCAGGUACGUGACCAACAAUGAUACUAUCUACUCACAAAGACUAUUGUCUUUACGUCAAUUUAAAUGAAUUUAUGUUGGCCAACCAAUUUGGUAAACAACGACAAAUGGCUAUUGUAUUCGUUAAUAAAAUAACAACAUCUUACACAGUCAUUUCAUUGUAAGGUAUUUCGGUAGAACUGAGGUACUUUUGCCCAUUCAAAUUUUUGGCUAUACUAGGACAAAAGCUUCGAGAAAAAGGGGAAUCUUCAAUUAGUCUGGAUUUACCUGGAUUACAAAGUAGCCCACCUUUUCUCAAAAUCAAUGCUCGUUUUUUAGUGAGAAUACCUGGGAAUUUUAUUAUAGAAAAUCGAUAUAGAAUGGGAGUCGUCGUGGUGUGUUCGCAUUUCAUGGAAACUGUAUGUUCGCUUGAAGCGACGUUCAUUUUGGUAGAUCUUACCAUCUAGGUUCAGAUAUGCUUGCUCUAAGAAUAGUAACAAUCUCGUUUAUUGAUUGCCUUUGGCAAAACAUCGUUGCUGGAUUAGUACCGAGGUGGCAAAUUCAUCUAAUAUCUCAGCAUUUCAUUAGUUUUACUGGGUUUGGCGUAAUGCCAAAAUAUUUGAAUGAAACCUCUGUUCUUUAUAUCGCCCCUAAUAAUUUCCAAAGACAAAAUGGUACCGGUCUUCUGUAGAAUGAUAUGUAUGAUCUCAUUAUCGAGUUUUUGUGAGGUUUGUGAUGUGUUUAGCGUUGAUAUUCAUUCUCGUGUUUUUAUCUAUAAUUUCAGAUUAAUAUUGACUAGUUUUUACUUUUGGAGUAAACGACGACCUUUGAGCUAGAUUUCCCUUCGUUAUGAUUAUUUUUCCUUGAAAAUCUAUAAGAUUCAUGUCAUCUAGGAUAAUCAGCAUAGUUACAUCGCAUGAGAUGAUGUUCAGAUUUGCUUAAAGAUUAUCAUCAUACCUCAAUAUUGUGACUGUGCUUGGAAUAUUAGGCCACUUGUUUCAGUUGAAGAAGUAGACUCAUUUUUAUCUGAAAUAUUACCUGCAAUGUAAUUUUUUUCUCGGUAUUUUUGUAACGUUGGUUUUUGUGAUUCAAGAUGUAGACUUUUUAUAAUGGUUAGAAAUUUUUAUCAGUAACUUGUGAUUCCAUUUUUAUAAAGUUGUGUCGUCUUGAAUUUUUCCUGAAGAAAUUUACAAAGCAAUGCUCUGAAAUUUAGGAGCAUUUUUAUUUUGUAUUUGUGUGACUUUUGAGUGCUGUCAUUCCUCGACCAUAUUUUGGUGUAUCUUUUCGUUACAUUAUUCUCUUACCUAGGGUCAGCUAAAGAAAAUGUAUUUUAGUUGUAUUCCUGAAAGUUCCGUUAAAUCUUAAAUUUGAUCGCAAAUGAGCGAUAAGUGUGGAUUAACGUUGAAACUUUUUUUUUAAAGUUAAUAUCUGUAAAUUGUGAUUCUACCGCUCCAUGUAUUAGUAGUUUGUUAUAAAGUUUUGUACAGUAUUUUUAUAUUUCAUAUAGUUUUGUAUACAAUAGAACCUUGCCUUUGGAAAUGCUGAAGAAACAUGUCUACCUAAGUGGAACGUUUGUUGUUUUUCUUUCU